AAGUAAGCAAGAGUGCAGAGUCGAUAAUAACAAUGCACAGCAUUGAGUAGGCCAACUAUCUUCCCCCUCGUCAUCUCCGCCCCUGUACUUCCUCCGCUCUAUAUCUAAACCUAUACACACAUUUUGCAUACAACUUCUCUGUAUCUAUCUCCAACGCUCUCUAUCUAUCUCCGCGACAAUGUCGGCCUCAUUGCUUCUCCAAGCUACUAUUACGCCGUCAAUUUCCUUCUCAUCUUCGGUGUCGAAUUCGGUUAAGUUGAGCCGGGUGGGUUUCAACCCGACCCGAAAUGCGCGCCGGGUCGGCCCGAUUCAGGCGAAGAUUCGGGAGAUUUUCAUGCCGGCGCUCAGUUCGACGAUGACGGAGGGGAAGAUCGUGUCUUGGAUCAAAUCGGAGGGGGAUUUGUUGUCCAAGGGCGAGUCGGUGGUGGUGGUUGAGUCCGAUAAGGCUGAUAUGGAUGUGGAGACGUUUUACGACGGGAUUUUAGCUGCCAUUGUUGUUGGGGAGGGUGAGACUGCCCCCGUCGGAGCUCCGAUUGGGCUUCUGGCGGAGUCGGAGGCCGAGAUUGAGGAGGCUAAGGCGAAAGCGAAAAAUUCGGGAGGUCCGGCGAAAAUUUCGGAGGUCCCCGCGACAAAAUCGGAGCCGGCGCCGGUGAGUGCUCCGGUGGCGGAAGUGAGUGCUCCGCCGGCGGAUGGACCGAGGAAGAUUGUGUUGACGCCGUUUGCGAAGAAGUUGGCGAAGCAGCAUAAGGUGGAUGUGAAUAGUGUGGUAGGGAGUGGGCCGUUUGGGAGGAUCACGCCGGGGGAUAUUGAGGCGGCUGCUGGAAUUGUGUCAAAGAGUGUGAGUGUUGCUGCGGCUCCGGUUGCGAGUCCAGUGGCAGCUGCUGCAGAGCCAGUGAAGGCGGCGGGGAAGAGUAGUUUUGCAGAGAUUCCAGGGUCUACUGUGGUUCCAUUUACGACAAUGCAAGCUGCUGUGUCGAAGAAUAUGGUAGAGAGUUUGAAUGUGCCGACUUUUAGGGUUGGGUAUCCUGUGUCGACUGAUGCGCUUGAUGCACUUUAUGAGAAGGUAAAACCAAAGGGUGUCACCAUGACUGCUUUGUUGGCUAAAGCUGCUGCAAUGGCUUUGGCUCAGCAUCCGGUUGUGAAUUCUAGCUGUAAAGAUGGUAAGACUUUUACAUACAACAGUAGUAUAAAUAUUGCCGUUGCUGUGGCAAUUAAUGGGGGUUUGAUCACUCCUGUUCUUCCGGAUGCUGAUAAGCUGGAUCUUUAUUUAUUAUCACAAAAAUGGAAGGAGCUUGUUGAGAAAGCCCGAGCGAAGACUCUUCAGCCCCAUGAGUAUAAUUCAGGGACAUUUACCCUGUCCAAUUUGGGUAUGUUCGGAGUUGACAGGUUUGAUGCUAUCCUUCCUCCUGGCCAGGGGGCUAUUAUGGCCGUUGGAGCAUCUAAGCCUACUGUCGUGGCCGACAAAGAUGGAUUCUUCAGUGUUAAAAACAAAAUGCUGGUGAAUGUUACUGCAGAUCACAGAGUCAUCUAUGGUGCUGACUUGGCUGCGUUCCUCCAAACCUUUGCAAAGAUUAUUGAGAACCCAGAUAGCCUGACAUUGUAGAUGUAUCAAGUGGUUAGGAGAUGGUCAUACUGUUACUAUCAAAGUGAGUGAGUGUACCCUGUCGAAACCUGUGUGCAGCAGUUGCAUCCAUAGUUUUUCCCAACUUUUUCUUCUUCAUCCUUAAACAGAUUUUCUUUUCUUUUCCCCUUAGGUUCUACCUUGUUAGAUAUGUUAGUUUUAAGCGGAUUUUGAAAGAGGGCAAUAAGGAUUUUCUAUUUGUAUACUUACAUGUUGAGGAAUUUAAAGUCCGCAACCAUGCGCUUUGCUGAAUUCAACUCGUAACUGUCUUUCUUA